AUUAAAGGCGACGACACUGACUCGCUGAACAACCGCUCGACUCGAGAACAAUAUCAAUUUCGGGAAAAGUGAGGACGUUUUCCAGAGUACUUCUUACGGCUGGCAGUGGCACCACCAUCUAAUCAGCAUCUAGGACGAGCAGUGACACCAACACGUCCCCAGAUAGGCUGAGAUGUCCAAUGCCGGAAAAUAUUCAGUUUUAACAUGAAAACAAGAUGUCUAUAAUAUGACUGAGUAUUUGCUUCUAAGGUUGUAUGAAUGAAAACCUUAGGAGAGUAUUUAUUUAUAUGAUAAUAUAUGACUAAUGUUACUGUUUGAAUGUAUUUAUUAUUAUAAAUGUGUGUGAUUAAUAUUACUCCUAGAUGGUAUUACAAAAAAGAUCAUAAUGUUAUUAUAAUGUGUGAAUACAAGAUAUUCGCGUUUUAGUCUUUUUAUGAUGACAAUCCAACUGUUUUACUGUAUGUAAGUUUCAAUGACAAAUGAAAUAUGAUGUUUGAAGAGGAUAUCAGACUCCUAAAUAUGCAGUCUCCAGAAGAAAUCAUUAUCUGUAGUAAUAGCCAAGAGAAUUAUUAUGAAACCUCGAGUGUGAAGGAAAUCGAGAAAUCACCAUGCAGUUUUUGUGGGAAGGAAUAUAAUGCUGAUAACUUGAGUGACUUAGAGAAAGGCAUUUGUUCCAUAUGCAACAGUGGAAAUAAGAAGAAGCAGCCCCACAAAUGCCACAUUUGUGGGAAAGUACUUUCAGGCAUUUAUAACCUUAGGAGACACAUACAGAAACAUUCUGGAGAAAAGCCAUUCGAAUGCACCAUUUGCUUGAAAAGAUUCACAGAGAAAGGUUCCCUCAAGAAACACAUGUUAAUACAUUCAGAAGAUAGUCCAUUUAGGUGUUCUAUAUGUGAUAGAAAGUUUACCCAGCUUGGACAUUUGAAAGCACACACACUACUCCAUUCAGGGGAAAGACCCUUUCUGUGUUCACAGUGUGGAAAGAGUUAUACUAGUAAGUAUAACUUAAGAGCACAUCUCCUAACUCACACUAAAAAGAGAUGGUAUCAGUGUACAGAAUGCAAAAAAAGUUAUCCAUCACAAGAAAAGCUUUUAAAACAUAAAGUGGUUCAUACUGUGAGAAAGCCAUACAAGUGUGCCCUAUGUGCAAAGGCUUUUGCGAGGAAGAGUAGUUAUUCUAAUCAUAUGAACAUCCAUGAUCGAAAGAAAUUCUCAAACUGUUUGGAAUGCAAUGCUGAGUUCACAUCUGUGAAAUCAAAGAUAUGUCAGUUUUACAGCACUAGGAAGAUGGAAAGUCUUUCUUGUGCUUUUUGCACAGAAAGCUAUGUUGAUUUUGACCAAUUCAUGGAUCAUAUUCAAAGACAUACAGGAGAAAAAGAUGAAAUUUGUGCUGAUUGCAGAAAGACAAUGAAUAAGCAGUAUGAAUGUAAUAUUUGCCCUGAAAAAUAUGAUGAACAAGCUCUUCUUGAAGAACAUUUGUUAUCUACACAUAUUGAUGGGAAACCCUUUGAAUGUAAUGUAUGCAAAAAGAAAUUUGCAGAGUUUAAGAAAUUUAUUCGUCAUACUAAAUUACAUUCCGAUAAAAGUUAUGAAUGUUCCAUUUGUGGUAAGAAUUUUACCUUGAAUAUUUCCUUGAAAAGACAUAUGUUUGUACAUACCAGAGAAGUCACAUGUGAAUGUCAAGAAUGUGGUAAAAAGUUCCGUCACCCGACAAGUUUGGCAAGACACAAAUUAAAUCAUUUGGGUCGAAACAAAUGGAAAUGUCAUCAUUGUGGAAAGAGGUUUCUUGAGAAAAAAGACUUAGAUCUGCAUCAGCUUAACUAUAAACAUGUUAAAGGUUAUGAGUGCCCCACUUGCAAGAAGGUAUUUAGCUUUCCCAGCAGUCUCUCAAGACAUAAGAAAAUUCACACUGACAUAAAGCCUUAUACAUGUUCCUUGUGUGACAAAAAGUUUUCAUACUCAGAAACACUGAGGAGACAUAUUCGAGUUCACUGCGAGGACAGGCGUUUCAAGUGUGGAGUGUGUGGUAAAGGAUACAAUUCAUCAUUCACCCUGAAAAUACACAUGAGAAUGCAUAGUGGAUACAGGCCCUUCCAAUGCGCAUUGUGUCCGGUUAGUUAUACCAUUAAAGGUAGUCUUAAGAGGCACAUGUUAUCACACUACAGUGAUACAACAUUUCAGUGUCACAUCUGUAAGAAGGAGUACUCACGACAGUGUACUUUGAAAAAACACUUACAGACUCAUAAUAAUAAGGAAGUAACAGCUUUACCUGGUAGUAGUGAAUCUGAAUGUGAGAAAAAGUCUCAUGGUGAAAAAUGCAAUGAUUUAACUUCCGAAAAUCACAUCGCUACUGGAGAAGAGAGUGUUGUCUACAUAGAAGUAGACAGUGAGAAGAAUAUGAAAACUCUGGGUUAUGGCAGUGAUGAAGAGGAAGAGGGUUUUACAUCACAAAUUGAUGAAAAUCUUGAUCCGCUGUGUGAUGAUGAUCAAAACAUUGCAGUAGUUUUUAAGGAAGAGAAACCGGAUAUGAUAGAGGAGACGUAUAGUACCUCAAGUGGAGAUGAUGUUAGUCAUUUGAGUGUUGCAAAAAUGGAAGUGAAGAUGGAGGUUUAUUGUGAAGAGGCUUUGGAUUAAUAUUUAUUUUGAGUAUGAAGCUUUUUGGAAAUAAACUGGCAUAUUAGUAAA